UUUCAAUAGUUUUCUACUGAACAUGAAUUUGAAGAUGAAGACAUCAUUAACAAUUCCAGCCAUGGUUGCCAUGUUUCUUUUCAUUUCCUUAGAGGUGGCAGCAAGUGAUUUGAAACAAGAGGAAGUUCUUAAAGCCACAAAUAAAGUGAGUGGUGCCAAAUUAGUCGGUGGUGGUGAUAGUAGUAGCGGGUUACAAGGCUCUGGUAAUGGCUUACCUAAUCAUGGUUUCCCUAAUCGUGAUUUAUCUAGUCAUGGUCUUCCUGGGUGGGACUUACCUAACCCUAGUUUUCCUAGUCGUGACUUACCUAAUCCCAGCUUUCGUGGUCGUGGCUUCCCUGGUCGUGACAUACCUCGUCCUAGCAUUCUUGAUCGUGACUUUCCUAGUCCUAACUUCCCUAGUCGUGGAUUCACUGGUCGUAAUAUACCUCGUCCUAGCAUUCCUGAUCAUGACUUUCCUAGUCCUAACUUCCCUGAUCGUGACUUACCUAAUGGCUUUCGUGAUCGUGGCUUUCCUAAUCUGGGCUUCCCUAACUCAGGCUUUUCUAGAGGUGGCUAUUUCGGUGAAAACUUUCCUAAUCAAGAAUUUCCUUACCAAGGGUUCCCUAACCAAGGCUUUUUUGGCCAGGGCUUUCCUAGAGGCAGCUAUUCCGGUGAGAACUUUCCUGGUCUGGGCGUUUAGGCCUAAGAAUCUUAAUGUUAUGGAAAUGAUAAAGGUUGUUUACAACCCAUAAUUUAGAUACUUAAAAUAAUGUAAUUCUACCAACUUAAUAAACACAUAUUCUAUCAAUAAA